AUGCGCCUGAUGAGAUACGCGUACACCGUAGAAUACGUUCCUGGCAAGGAGCAGAUCGCUGCAGAUGCGCUUUCCCGCAAUCCACUCCGAUAUGCAGACCCUUCGACACUGGAGCAAGAACUUCACUGCUACGUCAAUCUGCUCGAGAAAACCCUCCCUGUGACGUCAACGAGUCUGAAGGCCAUCGCCACGGAGCAAACAAAGGACAGAACUUGCCAGACGCUGGUUAUGUUCAGCACUCAAGGAUGGCCAUCUCGGCGUGACCUAAAUCCGGAACUCAAACACUUCUGGGAAUAUAGGGACGCCAUCGCCUUCGAGAACUCCUUGCUGAUGUAUAAAGGUAGAAUUGUCGUACCCCUAUCAUAUCAGAAGUACAUCUUACAACAGAUCCACUUAGAGCAUCAAGGCAUCGUAAAAUGUAAAGCGAGGGCGAGGGACAGCGUCUACUGGCCCGGGAUAGGACAUGAUAUCGGUAUUUUUGUCAGCAGUUGCCCUGCGUGUAAGCAGCACGCGCUGAAUAGGAAGAAACCGUGUUUGACGACGAAAUUCCCCCGAAGACCGUGGCAGAAGGUCGCUAUGGAUCUUUUCUUCAUCAAGGGUCGUUGGUGGUUGGUUGUGACCAACUAUUACUCACGAUUUCCUGAAAUCGCCCUGUUAAGAAGCACCUCAUCGGAAACAGUGUUCGAACACUGUAAGUCCAUCUUCUCUCGCCACGGUAUUCCUGAUGAGGUAAUCUCUGACGACGGUCCACAGUUUUCUGGUGCGCAGUCAUCAGCAUUUAAGAACUUUGCCGCCACAUACAAAUUUCGUCACACUACAUCGAGUCCGCAUUACCCCCAGAGUAACGGCCUCGCGGACGCGGCAGUGAAAAUCAUCAAGAAUUCCUUGAAGAAAACAGAUGAUCCCUAUGAGUCGCUCUUAGCAUACCGGACAUCUCCCCUGGCCAACGGUUACAGCCCUUCGAAACUUCUGAUGGGCCGCAAGUUACGUAGUACUAUCCCAAUCUCUCCUGAAGUACUUUUGCCCAAGACGCCGAACUACGAUGACCUGAGGAAGCGGGAGGAGCUGUUAAAGUUCAAACAAGCCACCUGGUACAACACCCGACAUGGUGUUCGACAUCUGCCACGAGUCGAAGUUGGAGAUAGGCUAUGGAUAAUAGACCUUAAACGCCAAGGAGUCGUCAAAAGUACAGCUACAACUCCUAGAUCGUUCUGGGUGGCUACGAGGGGCAAAGAAGUACGUCUAACGCGGACCCAUCUUGUAGCGUAUAAGAAAGACACCUCUAACAGUGACGAUGCCCUCUCCGUGACAAGUGAUACUUCAGUUUCUCGCCAAGAAACCCCGAGCUCAGCCACGGGUUUGCCUGAUUCAACGAACCAUGCAGGGACAGCAAGUGAAGCAAGCGACCGUGCCAGUGACUGA